CCCUGGCGACACAGCGGCAAGCGACCCUGCGACCCAGCAUCGCCCGCUCGCACAACGUCAUGCUCGACACUUGUUAUCCUCUUGCUUUACUUCGGUUCCUGACGAGCUGGAUCCGAAGCCUCAACCGCCAACGUCAAUUUGUCCGAUAUCAAAACUGCCCCUGUUCUAGCAGAGAUAGAAGGGUCGGAGGAUCAACAGCGACACACGUGUAUGCCGGGCCAAAAGCCUUGUUUCUGUCCUAAACAUCCUCGAUCGCUGCGCCACAAUGCCUCACCAGCCCUCUGGAGCCUCUCCAACCGCCAGCGACUUCCCCCUGGCUCUCAAACCAAUCCUCCAUCUCCCACCAGACAACAAGCCGACCAAUGUGGUCAUCUUCCUUCCAGGCUUGGGGGACACAUCAGCCAACUUCUCGUCCUUCUCCCGCGCGCUGAACCUCCCCGACGCUUUGGCCAUCACCCUCAAUCCACCAUUCCCGUUACCAUUCCCUCUUGGGCCGGGGGAUCAGUGGUCCGAGGACCUUCACGUUGACGCCGCCACGGGCGAACUUGAUGCGGACUCUCCCCUGACCAAAUCAGUGGACCUCAUUGCUCAGGAAGUCAUCUCGAAAGUCCUGAUCGAUAAGUUCAGGUACCGGCCUGACCACAUCCACCUCUUUGGCUUCGGCCAGGGUGGUUCAGUCGCUCUAACGGUCCCUCUACAUCCAUCAAUAUUUUCUCUACCCUGUUUGGGAGGGGUCAUAUCAGUUGGGGGCGCUUUACCGUUAUCUGCACCUCUCACAAGCACGAAGUCUCAGAACAAAACACCAGUUUUGAUCCUUUCAGGCUCAAAAUCACCACUUGCAUCGGUCGGCUCCAGUCCACUAAACCGCAUCAAGUCCACCUAUGAAUUUGUUACAUAUCACCAGUGGAAGAAAGCUGAUGACUCGUUGCCCAAGAAUCGAGAUGAGGCUUUGCCAAUGAUGCAGUUCUGGGCACGACGGUUAAGAAGCAGACGUGGUGUUCCGGAUGAUGCGAUCGAGAUAACUUGACUUUGGGGUGAACGAACUUGCGAUUGAUUUCCAACUUUUGGGAAGAUACUAUCACCGAUUGGAAUCCAACCGAUCACUUCUGAAGUCGAUCCAGUUCCUCCCUGGCUCUCGCUACAGCAUCCUCGGCUUGACGUCGACUCUGCAGUUCGACCUCAUCCUCCACAACUCGACUAGCAUUGUCAACCAGCUCCUCCAUCCUGCCCACAAUUCUCUGAAUGACAGUUCUGCCUUCGUCAUACAAGCUGUGUUCCAAUGCCUUUGUGGCCUUAAACCAGUCUCCCUGCAUCCGCCACAAGGCAUAGGCUGUACCCAGCGCUGCUAUGGUGCCAGCCUCAUACAUGCUACCUGGUGUGAUGGAAAGGUAGGUCAGAGCCGAGAGUCCGCCGGAUAGACCUGUAAUCGAAAGGGUUUUGAGCACAAUCUGCUGAGCCGUGCUGGUGAGAUCCGCAAUCGCACGUUGCAUUUGCUCAGAACGAGUACUGGAUAUCGAUGAAGACAAAGGCAUGGGUUGAGGAAUAGGGACCAUCUCCACCUCAGCGGUUCCCGUGGGGUUGAUCAGGACUGCCCGCACAGGAGGUUCGGUCGCAAUGCUGGCUUGCGCCUGUAGCACUGGCGUGGGCUCUGUCAGACGGUCUAGUUUUGCUCGCGACAUUAUGAGGUUUUCUCCCUCUGGCAGUGAAGGCAAGGCAUCCAUUGGCGAAAUGCCCGCCUGAGACAGCCGACCCGACAGUUCAUAAACCGCGCGCUCAGUACGGGGAAGCCAUGCGUUAGUGAUAAGGUCCGUAAUGAUCAAACCCACGUCAUCCACGCGCCAGAACAGCUUGUACCAAGCCAACUUGCGCCAGUUGUGGGAGCUCCAAGCUGAGGCGAGCCCAGACUGGAGCUCUUGGUGGGCAUUACGAGAGAAUCCUUCGAUGGCUUCCUCGAGGUUGGCUCGUGUCGCCAGGCUCAAACUUCGAGCUGCAUUCGAUCGAGCUUCCAAUGAAGCUUCAACUUGCAAGUUGCUCAUUGCAGUUGUCAGUAAAGAGGAAAUCAAUGCCUUCACAGGUGCCGGGAUAGGUCCUUCAGAUCUUGCAGCAGAGGCCAGUGUGAGCCAGCCUGACAAUAUGGGCAUGCCUGAGUCGACCCAUUUGUGUUCGUAUUCGGUUGCUUCAGCUACAGAUCUUCGAAUUGCUGCCAGUCCGUCCUCCGCUUUUGUAGCAUCCACAACCAUGACCUGUCCGUGGCCUUUCUCCUUGAAGUCUUUCAGGUCCACUACCAAGCUCACAGAUUCCCGGUCUUCCAGUGCUGUGAAAUUGGUAGAUGCCAACAAUUCUGCAGCCAGCAUGAGCCCGUCGAGUCCUUUCGUGAC